GACAGCUGAGAUCGCACUUCUCUGCACCUUCCUGGACCCUUCUUCUUCGACUGUGCUGGACCCUUCCAUAUUGCUUGCCAUUCACCAGAGAGAGAGAGACUGGCUCGAUCUGUGUCAGAGAGAGAGAGAGAGUUGGUGCCUGCCAGUGCCACUGAGAGGCAGAGGCGGGCGAGCGAGCUCAUUCACCAGCCCAAGAGCUAAGCUCGAUCCAACUGUUUUUAGAGCCCGUCUGGUGGCCGGCCAUGGCCGCAACGCCGGAGGAUGUCGCGGACCCGGAGCCCUUCUCCCCCUCGCUCUUCCUCGACCUGCCUCCGACGCCCCAUCCCCACCACCCCGACGGCGAAGGAGACGGCGAGGACGACCUGCAGGUGCUCCCGUUCAUCAGCCGCAUGCUCAUGGAAGAGGAGGGCACCGACGACGACGCCAUCUUGUACCAGGAGUACCCCGACCACCACCCUGCGCUCCUCCGUGCGAAGCAGCCCUUCGCCCAGAUCCUCUCGGCUCCCGCGGCCGCCACCGACUCUGUUUCCGGCCCCGUCACCACCAACUCUGCUUUCGACGCAUUCGCCGACGCCACCUGGCCCUAUGAUCCAGUCGAGCUCUCCGAGCUGCUCUUUUCUAGGACACGCUCCGGCACGGGAGUCGGAGUCCAUGGCUUCACCGGCGGCGCUGAUGCUGCCAACUCCUUUUCCUCGCCGGGACCAGGAGUGGGACAAGGCAGCGCCAGUGCAUGCGGCCAGGCCCGCGCGUUCUUCAAUGCCGGCGACACCGCCACCAUCCAGAGCUCGAGCAUCGGAGACGGCGGGGUGGCGGUUACCAUGGACAUGCUCAACCAGGCGUUCCUCAAGGGAAUGGAGGAGGCCAACAAGUUCUUGCCCACCACCACCACCACCAUUUUUGGACCCGACGCCACCUCCAGAGAGCACCUACCCAUCAGUAGUGUGGUGGAUUAUGGCAGAGUCAGCGGCAGAGGCUGCAAGAACCGGCACAACUGGGACGACGACGACGACGACACCGGCAGGAGGAGCAACAAGCUGCUGGCACCUGAGCCGGAGAAGAACGGCGAGCAGGUCGACGCCGUGUUCGUCCAAGGAUACGAGAUGGCCAUUGAGAAGAUGCACGGCCUGAGCAUCAGCAACGACAACAACAACAACGGGAAAGCGAAGAGGAAGUCAGCAUCACAGGGCGACGAGGCGGUGGACCUGCGCACCCUGCUCACCCACUGCGCGGAGGCCGUGUCCACGGGCGACCGCCGCAGCGCGACCGAGCUGCUCCGGCAGAUCAGGCAGCGGUCCUCCCCUAGGGGAGACGCCUCGCAGAGGCUGGCGCACUGUUUCGCCGAGGCGCUCGAGGCGCGGCUCGCCGGCACGGGGGCGCUCGUGGCGGCGAGGCGCACCUCCGGAUCCGGUGGUGUGGACUUCCUCAGGGCCUACAAGCUGUACCUGGAGGUUUGCUCCUUCAAGAUGAUCGCCUUCAAGUUCGCCCACAUCGCCAUCUGCAAGGCCAUUAAUAUUACAGGGAGGAAGAAGGUGCACAUCGUGGAGUACGGCGACCAUCACGGCCUCCACUGGCCACCUUUGCUGGAGGCCUGGUCCAAGGAUCGGGACGGCGGGCCGCCUGAGGUGAGGAUCACGAGCAUCGACUGCCCGCAGCCUGGUUUUCGUCCGGCAGCUCGGAUCGAGGAGACCGGGCGGCGGCUCAGCGACUUCGCUCGCCGGCGUGGGGUUCCGUUCAGGUUCCGCAGCGUCGUCGCGUCCAAGUGGGAGACGGUUUGCGCCGACGACUUGGACAUUGAGCCCGACGACGACGACGACGAGGUGCUCGUCGUCAAUGGCUUGUUCCAUUUCGGGAGAUUGAUGGACGAGGGCGUGGACAUUGACAACACAAGCCCUAGGGACAUGGUUCUCCGCAACAUCCAGAAGAUGCGUCCUGAUGUGUUCAUCCUCUGCGUCGAGAACAGCUCCUACAAUGCGCCCUUCUUCGUGACACGGUUCAGGGAGGCGCUGUUCUACUACUCGGCAAUGUUCGACAUGAUGGAGACGACGACCCCGCGGCGGGACAGCGAGGAGCGACUGCUGGUUGAGCAGGACAUCCUGGGGGCUUGUGUGCUGAACGCCAUUGCUUGCGAGGGCUCUGAAAGGGUGGAGCGUCCUGAGACGUAUAAGCAAUGGCAGGUGCGAGGCCACCGGGCAGGACUGAAGCAGCUGCCCCUGAAUCCUAAUACGGUCAAGUAUCUGACUAGGAAGGUGAAGGAUGGCUACCACAAGGACUUUGUGGUUGAUGUCGAUCAACAAUGGCUUCUGCAAGGGUGGAAGGGACGUAUCCUCUAUGCCAUGUCCACAUGGGUUGCAGAUCAUACUCAGCUCUCCCAGAGCUAAUUAAUGUCCAUCUUGUGACGACUAGUCUUGACUUCACUGAAACAUGCAUGGUUUCACAAACUAAUAGCUUAUAUAGGAGAAUAAUUAGUGCCAUAGUAACUAAUGUCUUGUAAAAUUACAUGCAUAAACAUCUUCUCAUGUUUCUUCUUUGA